CGCCCCUUUCUGUGUUCUUGUCGCGCUCACUCUCACUCGGCCGUUGCAGCACGUUGUGUUGAACGCCUUCGCUUUCGGCGUGAAAGCCCUUACUCGGAAAUUUACGAUGACGUGCGAACUGCUACUCGUCAUGUGCUGCCUCACAGCGAUCCUUGCAGUAGUCGAAAGUGGAACACAGAUCGAUGGCGCGUACGUGCCGGGAGUGCAGGAACUCAGGAGGCGUUUCCUGCAAGAAAGUGGAUACGACCCGUCGUUGCGACCCACAAACCACAGCGCCGAACCGACAGCCGUGACCGUGGUCAUUCCACUUUCCGAAGUCACCUAUUUCGCACUCGUAGGAGAUUGGUUCACGGUCGCUCUAUAUUUCUGCGAGUAUUGGAAGGAUCCUCGCUUCUCGUGGGACCCUCGAGAUUACGGCGGGGCUCAUCGUUUUUCCGGAACCACGAAACAGAUAUGGUGGCCUCGAAUCGACGUCGUCAAUGCAAAAAGGCAGGACGUCGACUUGCUCCAGCAGAGGGUCACUGUCUACAACGACAGCAACGCGUGGUCCUGUGCGGCUAUGAAGGUGAAGACACCUUGCAGGGUCGAUCUCAGUGAUUUCCCGAACGACAAACAGACGUGCAGCCUCCGAGUCGGCGCGAGCGCCUACAGCGACAGCGAGGUCAGAAUGGCAGGGUACGUCACGUGGGGUGUUCCCCACGUGAACGCCAGCACGGAGUGGGUCCUGGAACACCUGUCCUUCGGCAGCCAUGCAGAGACGAACAGGUCCUUCAUAGACGUCGUCUUCCACCUGCGGAGAACGGCCCGUCGUCACCGCUACACAUUCACCAUGCCCGGGAUCUCCUCGGCUCUGGCACUUCUGGCCGCCUUCUGGAUUCCUCCGGACUCAGACCGGAGGAUGACGCUCGCCUGCCUCAACAUCCUCGCCCUCGCCGUUGUCCUCAACAGGAUGUCGCUACUGAUGGCCGCGUCAGUAACGGUUCCCAAAAUGAUUUUGUUUCUCGGCCUAGGCACUCUCGUAGGGUUAUUCACCGCGGCUGCAAGCAUACUCAUCAUCAGCGCGUCACGCUCCAAUUCCAGAAUCCAAGUGCCAGGUAGCUUACACCGCUUCCUCAGUGGCUUCGUGGCGAUGCUUCUGUGUAUAAAUCGCACCUACCCGACCACCGUUACCGAAUCGUACGACCGUCAAGAGGUUACGACGUUCAACGGCUCAUACGAGAGGAGAAGGCGUUGGCUCAUCUUUGCGCAAGCUGUGGACCGCGUCUUCUUUGUCGGCUUUGCAUUCGCUAUCCUGGUCUUCUUUUUGUGACGCUGAACAGUUAAUAAAAUGCUGCU